UGGACUAUCAGUCACAGUGCCUCAGUGGCGGUUGAGCUGAGCGCACUGAAGGGAUUGAGUUUCUGCAACUUUGCCCCCCAAAACACGCACCGGGAUGCUGCAGCCAGGGGGAUUUUGUGCGGCACUUUUAUACCUUUUCAACGCAACUCUAUUGCUGGCCUUCAACCUGGACACCAACUAUGUGAUCAGGAAAGACGGAGAACCCGGCAGUCUGUUCGGAUUCUCUCUGGCCAUGCACCGGCAGCUCAACCCGGACAAACGAAUGUUGUUGAUUGGUGCCCCCCGAGCCAGAGCUCUGGGGAAACAAAAUGCCAAAAUCACUGGGGGACUUUAUAAAUGUGACAUCAACUACUCUCCUGAUUGUGAGCGCAUUUUAUUUGACAGUGAAGAGGAUAUCCGAGUUGAGAACAAGGAGAACCAGUGGAUGGGGGUGACGGUACAGAGUCAAGGACCAGGGGGAAAAAUUCUGACGUGCGCUCAUCGCUACCAGAGGCGCUUGUUUGUCAACACGCCACAGGAGGCCCGUGACAUCACAGGCCGCUGCUACGUCCUGAGCCAAGACCUGACCAUCGACGAGUCGUCCGACGAGGACGGCGGCAACUGGAACUUCUGCGAGGGCAGGGCCAGAGGUCAUGAGAUGUUCGGGUCGUGUCAGCAGGGUCUGGCCGCCACCUUCACCAAGGACUACCAUUACCUGGUCUUUGGAGCGCCCGGAGCGUACAACUGGAAAGGCAUCGUACGCGUGGAGCAAAAAAACAACACCCUGUUGGAGAUGGGCGUGUAUGACGACGGCCCUUACGAAGUUGGCGAUGAGCACAUCUUGAACCCUGAGCUUGUACCCGUCCCUGCCAACAGCUACCUCGGAUUCUCCUUAGACUCGGGUCACAGCAUCGCCAGGAGGCGGGGCCUAACUGUGGUGGCUGGAGCGCCCAGAGCCAAUCACAGCGGAGCUGUGCUGCUGCUGAGGAAAGAGAACCAAGGCUCGGCCCGACUUGCUGUGGAACACACGCUGUACGGACCCGGGCUGGCAUCCUCGUUUGGAUACGACGUCGCCGUAGCUGACCUGAAUGGAGAUGGAUGGCAGGACAUAGUCGUGGGAGCGCCCCAGUUCUACAUGAAGGACAAAGACGUUGGAGGGGCUGUUUACGUUUACAUCAACCAGGCGGGACGAUGGCGAGGCGUCGCUCCUGUCCGUCUCAACGGGACCAGGGACUCCAUGUUUGGCCUGGCAGUGGAGAACAUCGGCGACAUCAAUCAAGACUCUUAUGGAGACAUCGCCAUCGGAGCGCCUUAUGAUGAUGGCGGUGCUGGAAAGGUCUACAUUUAUCACGGCUCUGCACAGGGAAUAAACACCCGCCCGGCUCAGAUUAUUAAAGGAAAAGAUUACAACAUCCGACUGUUUGGCUAUUCUCUGGCUGGGAACAUGGACUUGGACAGCAACUCUUAUCCAGACCUUGCCGUGGGCUCGCUGUCAGACUCAGCACUCAUUUACAGGGCAAGACCAGUCAUUAGUAUCCGCCAAGCCAUCAAAAUCUCCCCAAGGGAAAUUGACCUGACAAUAAAGAAUUGUGGAAACAACAUCUGCUUCACUGUGGACGCUUGCUUCAACUACAAAGCAAACCCUGCAUCUUACAACCCAAGAAUAACUAUCAGCUAUUCUGUGGAGGCGGACGGAGAUCGCAGGAAACAAGGGUUGCUCUCCAGAGUCGUGUUCUUGAACAAAUCCAACUCAGAAACAGAACACCAGUUUAAUGGUACCGUGGACCUCCGAGGACAAAAGCAGGAAACGUGCAUUAAGAUAGAAGCCAAGUUAAAGGACAACAUUAAAGAUAAGAUGCGAAGCAUUCCCGUGGAGGUGUCUGCACAAAUAGUCGGUACGAAGCGACAAAAGGCAAAGAACUACCUCCCGCUGCUGAUGCCCAUCUUAGACUCUUCUCAGUCAAGCAAAGAAACUGUUGAGGUCAAUUUUGUGAAGGAAGGCUGCGGAAGUGAUCAUGUUUGUCGCAGUAACCUGAUGAUGGACUACAAAUUGUUGUACAAGCAAAGCAAUCAAGACAUUUACUCGCCCUUGCCCAUCAGGAACAACGUGCCCGUGUUUCAUCUGACUUACGAGAGGAAGGACUUGGCUCUGCGACUGACCGUCAACAACGCGAAGGCCGACGACGCCUACGAGGCCAAGCUGUCGGGCUCGUUCCCCGACACGCUCUCAUACUCGGGCGUGCGCUCACAUCGCGCCACGAUGGACAAGCAGAUCAUUUGUGUGGCCAAUCAAAACGGCUCCCAGGCCGACUGCGAGCUCGGCAACCCGUUUCAGGAGGGCUCCGAGGUUACAUUUUACAUCAUCCUGAGCACUGUGGCGAUGACUCUGGAGGCCACGGAGAUUGACAUUGAUCUGCAGCUCCACACAACCAGCGUACAAGAUCUGGCCCGUGUGAGAGUCAAAGCCAAAGUGGUGAUUGAGUUGCCAUUGUCGGUUACUGGGGAAGCCAACCCUCAUCGUAUUUCAUACGGAGGAGUCGUGAGAGGAGAAAGCGCCAUGGAAAGCGAAGACGAGAUCGGCAGUUUGGUCAAUUACACAUUCAGAAUUAACAACUUGUGGGCCUCUUCUGUCAAAUCCUCACUACACAUCCAGUGGCCCAAGUCCAACAAAAAUGGUAAAUGGCUUUUGUACCUGGUGAAGAUGAAGGCUAAAGAAGGACCGCGCGACAUCAUUUGUACACCAGAGUCUGAGAUCAACCCUCUCAAACACAUCCAGCAGAGUUCCGCAUUCAGGACAAAGCGUGACAUUGUACAGAAAAAGACAAGAGGCAAGACUUCUUCAGUCUCAGACAAAAAUAAGAUUUUGGCGUGUGGGAAAGAAUUGCAGUGUGCGGUGCUGAAGUGCCCCCUGCGUGGACUCGAUGGGGCCACAGUGGAACUCAGAGCUCGACUGUGGAACUCAACCUUUCUGGAGGAUUACACUUCUCUUUCGUCCUUGGACAUUAUUGUGAGGGCUUCACUGGUGCUCCACACCCGGGCCACAAACACGAUCCUGAGAACCCCUGACACCGAAGUGACCCUUACCGUGUUCCCAGAGAGUGCAGUGGCCCAGUAUGGUGGCGUCCCCUGGUGGAUCAUCGUGGUGGCUGUUCUUGCAGGGAUCUUGAUUUUGGCUUUGUUGGUCUUUCUGUUGUGGAAGUGCGGCUUCUUCAAACGCUCCAAGCAAGAGGACGCGGUCCCUCAGUAUCACGCCGUACGGAUUCGAAAGGAUUCUCCUGACUAUGAAGACGGCAAAGUCAAACUGGAUCCUUUUGAGAAGAAGCAGUGGAUGACAACAUGGGUUGACAAUGAAAGUUACUCAUAAGUUGUUGUUUUUUUUUUCAAGCUUUGCAUCAGGGAAAACCUAUUGUUCUUCAAUUACACUUAAUAGACACGUAACACCUGCGAAAUCUAAUGAAGAGCCAAUUCAAGAGCUGUAUUCUGCUUUAACAAAAACAAUAACGUUGAUCUAUAUUUGUAAAGGCAGAAUUCUUGUUACAUCUCUUUAUAUUUUAUGGCAAUAAAAGUGUCCAAGCCAGUAAAAGACAAUGAUCUGUGAUGUCAAAUAUUUUGCUUCAUGUGCAUACCAGGACUUACGCCAGUCUUCUUUCACUGUAUGUAUAGAUAUUUUUGUUCAUGUUUUUGUAACUUUUGUAUAUAUUUCUGGACAUUGUAUAUAUUUAUUUUUUUGAUAAAUCAUGUAUGAUGGAGCCAAAGAUGUUCAGUCUUUAGUUUUAGCUGGACUAACAUCGAUUUUAAAAUGAACUGAUCUGGUGUAGUGGUACUGUCUCAUUGAAACCUUGCAGAAAAAAACAAUACUAUGCAAAGACGGCACAGUUGACUUUUUGUAUGUAUUGUAUUUAAGGACUUUUGUAUUUCUAUUUUUAAAUAUCAAUCAAACCCACAGGUGACAAUGUGAACAGAUGUUUUUGCUUGGUUUUUCUGUUGUUGUUUUUUAAAAAUAUUUCUAAGGUAGCAUCAUCACUGAACAAGUAAUCUCUUUUAUGAGAAAUAUAAAGGGACAUAAAAAAAUGUCCUGAAUUAGAUUAUUCAGAAUGUAAAUUUUGAUAGAUGUACUGUUUAAUUGUCAAAUGGAAUAAUAAACAAUGUUCUUAAAAAAUGAA